CCGAGCCGUCCCCUGGCCGUCCCUGCCGACCCGUGGGAUUACCGCGAAGCCCCGGGGGGGGGGAGGGGCUCUGACUAAGCGAUCGCCCCGCGGGGGGAAGGUAACUCAUUAACGCUCCGCCAGCCUCGGACGACACGUCACGCCGGAUCCUCCGCUGCCGGCAGGAGGGGGGCGGGCGGCGGCGCGGUCACACGAUCACCGGCGACACCGAGCCGAGGGACAGCGAGCGGGCGAGCGAGCUGAGAGAGAGAGAGAGAGGGAGAAAGGGAGAGGAGGACAGGAGGAAAUAGAGGCUGAAAUUAGAGAGUGAAAUAGAGAUAGAGAGAGAGAGAGAGAAAGCGAAAGAGAGAGCGUGAACGGCACAGAGGAGCGGCUCGCACCGGAUCGCGUGCAGGCGGUUGUCCGGGGAGGGAACAGGCACACGCUCGCACGCUCGCUUGCACGCACGGCGGGAUGGACCCUGCGGAGGACUACAAGUCGCCAUUCAAUUUUGAGCAGGGCGUGAACGCCAGUUACCUGUACCUGUCUCCCACUGACAGCGUCACACCCCCCGGCUCCCCAGGAGCGCCGGUGAGAGGUACGCCCAGACCAGACUCCAUUCCGGAGGUGGGAGAGGACGCUGGGGCCGCCGUCGGCGUGUCGCCCCCGGCCCUGACGCAAGAAGAGCAGGAGGAACUGCGCAACGAGCUAGCUAAGGUGGAGGAUGAGAUCCAGACUCUCUCUCAGGUCCUGGCAGCGAAGGAGAAGCACGUGGCGGAAAUCAAGAGGAAGCUGGGGCUGUCUCCGCUCAACGAGUUCAAGCAAAACAUCUCCAAGAGCUGGCAGGAGGUCACCACGUCCGUCGUCUACAGGAGGACCUCGGAGACCCUGAGCCAGGCGGGGCAGAAGGCCUCGGCCGCCUUCACCACCGUGGGCUCGGCCAUCAGCCGCAAGCUGGAGGACGUCAGAUUACAGAGCCUUUCCAAUUCCUUUAGCAUACACUCCAUACAGCACUCUAUUAGCAUGCCUGCUAUGAGGAACACUCCCACAUUCAAGUCCUUCGAAGGGAGGGUGGAGACUUUAAAGACCAAGAUCAGCCCCGCGGAGUCGACCGGCGAUUUCGGCGAGGUUCUGAACUCCACGGCCAGCGCCAUCCCGGCAGAGGCCGCGCCCGAAGUGACCCCGGCAGACAGCGAGGAGCCCCACUGAUGGGCCCCCCCCCCCCUCCCCGGGGCUCCCCUCUCGCCCCGCCCCCUCCUCCUCC